GGGUACUGCACUGUACCCUUACUAAUUCCUGUGGACACUGCAGAUGCUGUGGACUGUAACUCCCAUCACUUUAAUUACCCGGCUGAAAAGAUUGAAGUAACAGUCCACAACAUCAAGAACGCUAACUCUUACCAAGGUCCCCCGAACCCUUAGAUCACCACUCCAUGACAUAAUAGUGAAUUACAGAGUAUAAUCUUAUAAAUGAUAUUGUAUACGUCGUAACACAGACAGAGACAGGGUGGGAGUGGAGGAUGCAAUGGAGAAAGGUAUAAGUAGAGGCAUGGAUAAAGAGUGUGAGUGGAAGGAAGGUGACUGUGUAUGGAAGAAAGUAUACAGGGUGUGAGUGGUAGUGUGUGAGUGUGAGUGGAUGGAUAGAAGCACUGUGUGUGAAUGGAGGGAUAAAGACUGUGUGAGUGGAGGGAGGGAUUGAGACAGUGUGUUAGUGAAAGGAGGGGGACGGAGCAGUAAUCCUGCCAGACACGGGGAGAGAGAGGGAGAAAAGCAUUAAACGUUCAGCUGCAUCAUCACCCCAAGACUGGCCUGCACCCUCAGAAUGAGGUGAGAGCUGAGAGUGUUUCUUUCUAAUUCUGCACCAGUUGCAUGUACAGUUAAGAGUGCGAAAGCUGUGUAUGCCACUGUAUGUGACAGUGUGUGCACGCCUCUGUGUGUCUUAUAUAUACUGCAAAAACAGCUCUGCAUUUGCAACAGGAUAAACAUAAAGAAAACAGGACAGGUUUUGACUAACAUACAGAAGCAUGCCUAUUUAUCUAAAGAAAUUGAAGAAGACAUAGUUAUUCACAUUUAACAAUACUGAAUCCUGUACUUUGUGUACAAUAGUGCAUGACAUAUGUGAGGGUCUCAGAAUAGUGUGUUAUAGUAUGUCAGAUAGUGCACCACCUGUGUGCCAACGUGUGAUAUUGAUGUGUAUAUGUUAUAAUUCAGUGCAAUCAUGCAUUACCUGUGUGACAGUGUGCAAUAAUUUACUGUGUGUGUGUCUGUGGACGUUAUAAUUCAAUGUAAUCAUGCACUACCUGUGUGCCAAUAUGUAUUAAUUUACUGAGUGUGUGUGGCUGUUCGGUAUAAUAGUGCACCACCCGUGUGCCUAAUUUACUGUGUGUGGAUGUUAUAAUUUGGUGUAAUCGUACACCACCUGCGCCACGGUGUAUAAUAAUUUUCUGUAUAUCUGACAGUGUUUAAUAUUUUAUUCUGCGUGUUUGUAUGCAAAAAUACCCGUCUGUUCUAUGUGCAUCUAAGUAACAUACCGUGUGUGUGUUUGUGUGUGUGUCUGGGUAGAGCAGUGCACAGUGAGUUAGUGUGUACUAGCUGUGUGUGUCUGAGUAUGUUACUGCAACUCACUAGCUGUGUGUGUAUAUACUAGUGGACUAUGUGCAUGUGAUAAGGCACUAGUUGUAUUUGGUUAUAAUAGUGCAAAGCAUGUUCAACACUCCACUGAUCAUUUGUAUUAGGGCAACAUCAUAGCUCCCAACAUUUAAAAUGGACAAAGAGUGACACCAUAAUUUUAGGAGUGUGAGUUUGGGUGUGGCCCGGGGCGAGACUGUCCUGAGAAAUGCAAUUGUCCCUUCUAACUAGGGGAACUUGGGAGAUUUGCAACAUUAGUGCGUGUCUGGGUAUAAUAGUGCACUGUACAUGUGAUAGGGCAGUAUCUGCAGAUGUUUGGCAAUAAUCAUGAACUGUGUAUGUGAAAUGGCACACUUUGUGUCUGUCUACAGUAGUGCACUGUAAGUGUGGUAGGGCACUAUCUGUGGAACUAGGGCAGUGUUGGGGAGCUAGAGCAGUGCUGGUGAUAUAAAGCCAGAGUGGGGGAGCUAGGGCAGUGCUAGUGAUAUAAAGUCAGUGUGGGGGGAGCUAGGGCAGUGUUGGUGAUAUGAAGGCAGUGUUAGGGAGCUAGGGCAGUGCUGGUGAUAUGAAGGCAGUCCUAGGGAGCUAGGGCAGUGCUGGUGGUAUUAAGGCAGUGUUGGUACGCUUAAGCAGUGCUGGUAAUAUUAAGGCAGUGUUAGGGAGCUAGGACAGUGCUGUGGGGAGCUAGGGCAGUGCUGGUGAUAUGAAGGCAGUGCUGGGGAGCUAGGGCAGUGCUGUGAUAUGAAGGCAGUGAUGCGGAGCUAGGGCAGUGCUGGGGAUAUGAAGGCAGUGCUGGGGAGCUAGGGCAGUGCUGGUGAUAUGAAGGCAGUGCUGGGGAGCUAGGGCAGUGCUGAUUAUAUGAAGGCAGUGAUGGGGAGCUAGGGCAGUGCUGGUGAUAUGAAGGCAGUGCUGGGGAGCUAGGGCAGUGCUGGGGAGCUAGGGCAGUGCUGGUGAUAUGAAGGCAGUGCUGGGGGUGGGGCAGUGCUGGUGAUAUGAAGGCAGUGCUGGGGAGUUAGGGGCAGUGCUGGUGAUAUGAAGGCAGUGCUGGGAGCUAGGGGCAGUGCUGAUGAUAUGAAGGCAGUGAUGGGGAGCUAGGGCAGUGCUGGUGAUAUGAAGGCAGUGCUGGGGAGCUAGGGCAGGCUGGUGAUAGAAGGCAGUGGGCCGGGGAGCUAGGGCAGUGCUGGGGAUAUGAAGGCAGUGAUGGGGAGCUAGGGCAGUGCUGGUGAUAUGAAGGCAGUGCUGGGGAGCUAGGGCAGUGCUGGUGAUAUGAAGGCAGUGCUGGGGAGCUAGGGCAGUGCUGGUGAUAUGAAGGCAGUGCUGGGGAGCUAGGGCAGUGCUGGUGAUAUGAAGGUAGUGCUGGGGGGCUAGGGCAGUGCUGUGAUAUGAAGGCAGUGAUGCGGAGCUAGGGCAGUGCUGGUGAUAUGAAGGCAGUGCUGGGGAGCUAGGGCAGUGCUGGUGAUAUGAGGGCAGUGCUGGGGAGCUAGGGCAGUGCUGGUGAUAUUAAGGUAGUGUUGGGGAGCUAGGGCAGUGCUAGUGAUAUUAAGGUAGUGUUGGGGAGCUUGGGCAGUGUUGGUGAUAUUAAGGCAGUAUUUGGGAGUUAGGCCAGGCCUGUGAACAUUAAGGUAGUAUUGUGGUGUUAAGGCAGUACUGGGAGUAUUAAGGUAAUAUUAGGAAGCUAUGGUAGCAAUGGGGAUUUAUUGUACCUGCAUUUCUAUCCUGCAGGCAAUAAAAGACCUAGAUACGGGGGGCAAUGUAAGGGACCUGGAUGGGGGGGUGGGGGCGGGGCAUUGUAAGAGUCCUGGAUAUGAGGGACAGUAUAAGAGACCUGGAUAUGGGAAGCAGUAUAUAAACCUUGAUGUGGGGGCAGUGUAAGAGACCUAGAUGUGGGAAGCAGUGUGAAAGAGACUUAGAUUUAAUGGAGCAAAGGUAGAUAGAUCGGAAUGUUAGAAGUGGUGUUGGAGAAACUUGGAUGUGGGAGAUAAUUGUAGGAGACCUGGAUGUGUGGGAGCAGUGUAAGGAGGACCUUCAUGUGGGGGAGCACCGUACAGGGACCUGGAUUUGGGGGAGCACUGUAAGAGGAACCUGGAUGAGGGGAGCACCCUAAGAGGGACCUGAACUUGGGGGAGCACCAUCAGAGGGACUUGGAUGAGAGGGAACACCGUAAGAGGGACCUGAUUUGGGGAAGUACUGUAAGAGGUAGCUGGGAUUGGGGGACCACCGUAAGAGAGACCUGGAUUUAGGGGAGUACUGUAAGAGGGACCUGGGUUUGGGGGAGUACUGUAAGAAAGACCUGGAUAAGGGUGAUAAAUGUAACAGGGACCUGUGGUGGUAAAGCAGUGUAAGAAGGUCUUGGAUGUGGGAGAAGCAGUGUAAGACGGCUCGAUAUAAGGGGAGCGAUGUAAGAGGGAAUUAUGUGGGAGAAGAGGUGUAAGACGGCUGGAUAUGGGGGGAGCGGUGUAAGAGGGAAUUAUAUGUGGGAGAAGAGGUGUAAGAUGGCUGUGUAUGUAAUUGGAGAGGGAAAGGGAAAAAACGAGAAGAAAAAAGUAAGACUGACGAUGGAAUAAAAUAAAAAUCAUCUAUUCUGGCUCUUGCUAAUAUAAAACAGACUCCUGUAUGCCACCAUGUGAUGCUUGAGCUCACAAACACAUACAUGUUAAAUAAGAACUAAUUCACAAGAAAGACACCCAACGGCAGCAGUAUGAACAAGCAACACAAGAUCAGACAAUAACCCAGCUCAAAAGAGCAGGUCCAAAAAGAAACAUGAAAAAUUCAAAACAUAACAAAAUUGGCCAAAUACAGAAAUUGUGUUUAUUGCUUCCUUUUACAAACUAUGUUAACGUAUAAAACAUGGUGGGCUGGAACGCUUUUAAUAAUGGAUUUUUUCUGGGAGGCGUUAAGAUGCUAAAUGCUCUGCAGGGAGAAGGAUACAAGAUUUUCUUGAAAGGGUUUGGAUAUUAAAUGCUGAGCAGGAGGAGGGAUGUAAGUUUUUUUGGAGGGAGUUUGGAAGAUAAAUGCUGCGUGGGGAGAAGGAUAUGAGUAUAUGGGAGCGAGUAACGGUGGUAAGUGAUGUUAGGGGAAGGUUAUAAGAUUUCUGGGAGUUUGGUAAAUGAGGUAUGAAAGACAAUUGGGAGAGGUGAGAUGGUAAGUGAUGCUGGGGGGAUUUAAUACGAUUAAGGAGGUUUAGAUAGAAUGUGCUGUGAUAAUAUGAUUGGGGGUUUUAGAGAAUAAGUGGGUUACUAAGAGUAGGUUUGCAUGGUAGUGAUGGGAGUAUAAGAUAAUUAGAAGAGGUACAGAUGGUAAGGACUGUGUUGGGAGAGAUAUAAGAUUAUCAUUAUUAUUAUUAUAAUGAGUUCCAUCACAGGGUCCAAGUUCUUCCUGCUGUUCGAUCACCUAUGAUGGAGGAGGUUAGCAGGUCAGGAAGGGGGGAAUGUCACGCCGUCAUUGGCUGUCUGGUACCAGCAUGCUGGUGUCAGAGGACAAUUUUACACAGAAUUGACACUAGCCAGCCUGGAACUUCAUUCUAUGUUGGCUAAGGAUGCUGCUGGAGUUUGAGUUACACCUUUGGAAGCUAAGGGGUUAAACUCGUUAUGUGCAGUGUUUCAUAGUGUUAUGCUGCACACACAGACUCCAGGAACCAUGACCACUUCAAAUCACUAUGCGGUCAAGGUGCAUGGAGUAGAAUUUUAAGAUUGUUGGGAAGUGGGUGUGCAUGGUGAGGCGUUGGAUGCAGGUUUCGGCAUUAGACGCUCAUGGUGAGAGAUAUCAAAGUACUGAGACUGAGAAAGAUUGUGAAUGGUACGUGCUUUGUGGGGAGAUAGAGAAGGUUACUGGGAGGGAUAAAACGAGUAUUGUGAGGGGGUGUGGGUUGUAAGUACUCUGUGGGGAGAGAUAUGAGAUAAUUUGAAUUGGCUGUAGAAGCUGUGUAGGAAGAUAAAGUGUUUUCUAAUGUUAUCCAGUUUCCUGUUGAAGUCUCUCAUAUCACUGCAUUACAAAUGUUACACCAAAAUAGUCUUGCAUAUUUUCUUUUUAGAAGGAAUUCUAACAUAAAAAUCCACAUUCCAUUAAAAUAACUGAUUUUGCAUUUCUAUCUUAAAAUAACACAGAGAAUGAAAUGUCGGGAUAUAAUCUAAUUAGUCUGCUAAUCCACUGGCAAAGGCUGUAGUUAAGAUUACUGUGAGAUGAUUUGAAUGUUAAAGAUUGGAAUGUAGGUUUUGGUGAAUUUACAUCACUAACUUUCGCCCUCUCUCUUAGGUCUGGCUGUAAAACCAUCACUUGCAUUUUCUAUGGCUGUCUCCUGACGGGCACUUGUUCUAUACUUCCUGCAGCUCUGCAAACCUCAUUACGCCCACAUUCGCAUACGUCUCUCCAAUCUGCUGCCCCACAUACACAAUCUUCCCUUCGCAUGCCGCUUUUAGACCGUGCGAUACACCCCAUCGCCUACCACCCACAUUCUCCUCUCCACACUGCUCUCCCUAUAUUGCAGUCACAGAGUUUACUUCCAAAGAUCCCAUACUUCCAACAUCAUGGUACGCAGCGCCCUCAUCACUUUGUGAUAGCCAGACGGGGCAAACGGCAAUCUCCUGCUGCCAGCUUGCUCUUUCCUGCUGCCCUGGAAGGUGCAGCUCCCCCAUCUCAAUACCCCUGGGCCAUUUUGUGGGGACCUACAGUGUCAGAUGAAGAUGGAACAGCCCUGAGCUCUGCCUCUUCCACCCCUCGCCCUGGCUUUUAUCAUGAUGGUGAUCACCAGUCGCAUGAGGAGCCUGCACGAGGCCUGGACUUAAGAGGGGUUCCUACAACACUAAGACCACACAUCUACUCUCCAAAAGAUGAAGGUGAGCAUCAGCCUAGGUUACAUGACUUGUAUGUGUACAAUUCACGCACCUACAACACUUUCUUGCUUUCAUUACUUGCAGGGACUGAUCCUCAGUUAUACGUGACAAUUGUCAUCUCUGUGCUAAUCGUGCUGGUGGCAUCUGGUAUCAUCAUCAAAUUCUGGUGAGAAUGGGGAGUACAAACCAAAAUGUGAGCAAAACAAGGGAAGGGGAGCCAGGUACAUGGAGAAUAUUUACUUUACAAAAUAAUAAGGAAAGUAAGGCACAUGGUGGAAGACAGGAAGUGGUGCUGGCUGGGUGAGGACUAUGAGGUUCCAAAAAGUGAAAUAUACAGAGGUUCCAACAUUUAUAGGAUGGGGAGGGUACACUGGAUGCAAGCUGAAAAAAUUGGUAGUGAAUUUCCCUGUCUUGUUACAGCUGUGAGCGAAGGCAGCGGAGAAGGCAUCAACGAGCUGAGAGAUGCCCCUUACCAGAGGAAGGAAGCCUACAGCCUCUCACCGACCUGUCACCAGACACAGACAUCCCUGGACUCCAACCUCUCAAACUUGGGGAUUUCAAAAAGGGAAACGAAGAAAGAGGAGGUCCCUACAGGGCCAGCAAGUGAGGGAAACUGAGUGUUUUGUAACUUAGUCAUCAACUUGUGCACAUAUAAUCCAAUGUAUAAAAACAAUGUCCCGGAAGGUGCUCUUUAGGGUUACUUCAGAGAAAUACACAAAUUGGAUAUACAGAGAGUAAGAAAAAAGAUAAAUGAUGGUAAACUGUGUAUUAAAAGGAAAUAAAGCCAAUGAGGUGUUCUGGUAAAAUAUAAUAAAUCACAAAGCCGAAUGUCGAGAAGUUUAUUAAUGUCUCCAGAACCACUCAAUGGCAGUAUUUGACCCCAAUAUAUGCUUCUUUGUUAUGUAUCUUUUUGCAUUACAUGACACUUUUAGAGCUAUUAUUAUUAGUUAUAUAACGCCAACAUAUACCACAGCGCUUUACAAUCACAGAACGGGGAUAAUUGACUAUAAGUAACUGACAAACAGAAUAUAACAAAGACAAGAGGUGAAGAAGGCCCUGUUUAAAUGACCUUACAAUCUAUGAGGAAGAGGUAAAGACACACAAGAGACAGACCAGCAUGUCAGAGGAGAGGAGGGAUUGGUGGAUAUGGUGCCUAUGUUGAAAUAAAAAAGGGUGUGUGGAAGAGAUUAGUGUUUGUUCUCCGCCUUGCAUGGUGUCAAACCAUUCAGAAUUCUAGAGUCAUUAUGGGGAACAAUUGCACAGAUGAUGUCACCAUCCAUCCCUCCCCUCUUGUUUCAUUUCUAAAGAAUUAAAAAGGUGGUUUUGCUGCAAAUGAUUUACAAGCAGAGGUAUAUUUGUCUUUUAACGCAUAGUCUUUAAUGCUUUGUCUAUUUAAUCUCAUCAAUACAAACCAGAGUCAUUUAUAUUCAAACUAAAAACAGAUGAACUAGGCUUCCGUUUUCCAAUCCAUUUGAUUUCUGCUAACCCGAGUACCUCACCAUGACAGCUGGUGUCUUAAUGCUACAGGCAAUCUCACUCUCCAUCUCUUACUGACUCCAGUCUGUUAUUCUUUAUCCAUUCUCCAUGUGUGCCCCUGCUUAUUAACCUAUUGUAUCCCAGCCAUUCUCCAUGUGUGCCCCUGCUUAUCAAUUUAUUAUAUCCCAGCCAUACUCCCUGUCUGACAAUGCUUAUUAAUCUAUUGUAUCCCAGCCAUUCUCCAUGCGAGCCACUGCUUACCAAUAUAUCAUAUCCCAGCCAUUCUCCAUGUGUGCCCCUGCUUAUCAAUCUAUUGUAUCCCAGCCAUUCUCCAUGUGAGCCCCUGCUUAUCAAUAUAUCAUAUCCCAGCCAUUCUCCAUGUGAGCCCCUGCUUAUUAAUCUAUUGUAUCACAGCCAUUCUCCAUGUGAGCCCCUGCUUAUCAAUCUAUUGUAUCCCAGCCAUUCUCCAUGUGUGCCCCUGCUUAUCAAUCUAUUGUAUCCCAGCCAUUCUCCAUGUGUGCCCCUGCUUAUCAAUCUAUUGUAUCCCAGCCAUCCUCUAUGUGUGCCCCUGCUUAUCAAUCGAUCAUAUCCCAGCCAUUCUCCAUGUGAGCCCCUGCUUAUCAAUCUAUUGUAUCUCAGCCAUUCUCCAUGUGUGCCCCUGCUUAUCAAUCUAUCGUAUCCCAGCCAUUCUCCAUGUGUGCCCCUGCUUAUCAAUCUAUUGUAUCCCAGCCAUUCUCCAUGUGUGCCCCUGCUUAUCAAUCUAUUGUAUCCCAGCAACUCUAGACGUGUGCCCCUUCUUAUCAAUCUAUUGUAUCCCAGCCAUUCUCCAUGUGUGCCCCUGCUUAUCAAUCUAUUGUAUCCCAGCAACUCUAGACGUGUGCCCCUUCUUAUCAAUCUAUUGUAUCCCAGCCAUUCUCCAUGUGUGCCCCUGCUUAUCAAUCUAUUGUAUCCCAGCCAUUCUCCAUGUGUGCCCCUGCUUAUCAAUUUAUUAUAUCCCAACCAUAUUCCCUGUCUGACCCUGCUUAUUAAUCUAUUGUAUCCCAGCCAUUCUCCAUGCGAGCCCCUGCUUAUCAAUAUAUCAUAUCCCAGCCAUUCUCCAUGUGUGCCCUUGCUUAUCAAUCUAUUGUAUCCCAGCCAUUCUCCAUGUGAGCCCCUGCUUAUCAAUAUAUCAUAUCCCAGCCAUUCUCCAUGUGAGCCCCUGCUUAUUAAUCUAUUGUAUCCCAGCCAUUCUCCAUGUGAGCCCCUGCUUAUUAAUCAAUCAUAUCCCAGCCAUUCUCCAUGUGAGCCCCUGCUUAUUAAUCUAUUGUAUCCCAGCCAUUCUCCAUGUGAGCCCCUGUUUAUCAAUCUAUUGUAUCCCAGCCAUUCUCCAUGUGUGCCCCUGUUUAUCAAUCUAUUGUAUCCCAGCCAUUCUCCAUGUGUGCCCCUGCUUAUCAAUCUAUUGUAUCCCAGCCAUUCUCCAUGUGUGCCCCUGCUUAUCAAUCGAUCAUAUCCCAGCCAGUCUCCAUGUGAGCCCCUGCUUAUCAAUAUAUUGUAUCUCAGCCAUUCUCCAUGUGUGCCCCUGCUUAUCAAUCUAUCGUAUCCCAGCCAUUCUCCAUGUGUGCCCCUGCUUAUCAAUCUAUUGUAUCCCAGCCAUUCUCCAUGUGUGCCCCUGCUUAUCAAUCUAUCGUAUCCCAGCCAUUCUCCAUGUGUGCACCUGCUUAUCAAUCUAUUGUAUCCCAGCAACUCUAGACGUGUGCCCCUUCUUAUCAAUCUAUUGUAUUCCAGCCAUUCUCCAUGUGUGCCCCUGCUUAUCAACCUAUUGUAUCCCAGCCAUUCUCCAUGUGUGCCCCUGAUUAUCAAUCUAUUGUAUCCCAUCCAUUCUAGAUGUGUGCCCCUUCUUAUCAAUCUAUUGUAUCACAGCCAUUCUCCAUGUGUGCCCCUGCUUAUUAAUCUAUUGUAUCCCAGCCAUUAUCCCGGUCUGCCCGUUUAUCAAUCUAUUGUAUCCCAGCCAUUCUCCAUGUGUGCCCCUGAAUAUCAAUCUAUUGUAUCCCAGCUAUUCUCUAUGUGAGCCCCUGCUUAUCAAUCGAUUGUAUCCCAGCCAUUUUCUUUGUGUGCCCCUACUUGUCAAUCAGUUGUAUCCCAGCCAUUCUCCAUGCAAGCCCCUGCUUAUCAAUCUAUUGUAUCUCAGCCAUUCUCCAUGUGUGCCCAUGCUUAUCAAUCUAUUGUUUCCUAGCCAUUUUCCAUGUGUGCCCCUGCUUAUCAAUCUAUUGUCUCCCAGCCAUUCUCUGUGUGUAACCCUGCUUAUCAAUCCAUCUUAUCCCAUCCAUUCUCCAUGUCUGCCCCUGCUUAUCAAUCUAUGGUAUCCCAGCCAUUCUCCCUGUCUGACCAGGCUUAUCAAUCUAUUGCAUCCCAGCCAAUCUUCAAUUCGGCAUGUUUAUUUGUUUACCAUACUCAAUGUCUGUAAGAUUAUUAUGCCAUUAUACCUCUGCUGUUAUCCAGGUCUACCAUAUACAGCUAUUAAUGUCUGUCCAAAUGACCCUUUUCUCAACAACUGGCCUAACUCUAUGUCCUACCUGCCAAUGACUAAGUUGAUUUCCAUAAACUCAAAGCAAAAUUUUCACUGUAAAAAAAAAGAAGCUCCAGACUGAUGGGGUGUCAAAACCCAAUAUAUCACUGGUAACAUUGGUAGUUAGUCCAGACAGUCGAUGUUCAAGCUUUCAUAGGAACAUCCAAACAACUGUGAAAAUUUUCCAGCCAUACUUUGGGACCUUUGUCACCAGGGUCACAUUGCAAGGCUGAAACAUUACUUGGAUGUUCCUAUUAAAGCCUGAUUCCUAAAGAAUAUCAGGUGCAUGGACUUUCUACCAAUUUUACCCUUACUACCCUAACACCAUCCCCCAGCUCUGAUUAUCAGUCUAUCUUAUAUAGUCACUAAUACACAAUUUUCAGUCUAUCAUUUCCAGACUUGAAUUCAAACUUAUCCAACCUCUCACUGUCAUUUAUUACUGCCCGUGUAUCAUCUACUGAAUCUAUAAUCCUUAGGCCAUUCCCCAUGAUUUCCAGAGUAUUAUCCCCAAUGAUUCUCCAUAUCUGCAAGUUUUUCAAUGUUUCCCCCUGCUAUUCUCAGGGAUUUCCCAUGACAGCCAGUCUAUAAACCCCUGCCAUGCUCACUGCCUGCCCAUUAUUGUCAUUCUACUAUCCCCUGCCAUUCUCUGCCCAUUCAUUACGGGUGUCUUUAACCCUUUAAUAUCUCAAUAACUUCUUACACUCCUGCGGUUUAGAGACCCGUGGAUGAUUACCGCUAAAUGCUACAGCACUGACCUACUCCUUUAUCUUUCAUUUUUAGGAUCCCUAUGGUGACCAUGUGACUCUGAUGGGGGUAUGAAACACACGCACAAGCUGUUAGGUAAAGGAAUUUAACCAAGCCAAGAGGCAAAACCCCUCAUCUCAGAAUCCUUGAAUUUGGAUUGUUUGUGUCUGGGGCAGGAAGAUCAUGAGAAGAGAAGGAAAGGAGUAACUCUUCUAAUAUCUGACGAGAGCAGCAAGACCAAGAGGAGACUAAGGGGUGAACUCCCCUCUAUAUGUAUGACAUCAUAUAAGUGAAGAGAGGUUACACACAUUUGUACAUAAUUGUACUUGCACACGUGUAGAGGCUAAUAGCACUUAAUCACUGGCCUUUUCUGUCUAUAUCUCAGUGUAGGGAGGAUAUAUAUCUAAUUAGAUCAGUGUGACUCCAACAGAGCAAUGUGACAAAGGGCUUCAAUUCAUGACUGUUUGUCUGUUUGCACCAACAGGAAAACUCAGUUUUAUUGUGUAUAUAUCUGCACAUUAUUCUGUGUUUCAACAGUUUUAUUUUUAAUAAAAUAAAGUUUGAGUGUAAUUUAAUAGAGGUGAUUAACGCGAUCUCUAUACCAAAACACACCACUGCCAGCCUUGACUCUCACUCUGGAAAGGUGCUGACUUCACAUCAGCUUCCCAUAGAUCAAACUCUGCAAAACAUAAAAUCAAAAAUUACAUACUAUUUCCUGCUAUACCAGUCUGUGUAUCAGCCAUGGGGAGCUC